UGACCGAUAAAUGGGCUUCAUUGUUUAACGAAACAGCACAACGCAGUGACACAUGAUGAUACUAGUAUUUGUGUAUUAGUGGGCGGGUGUAGUUUUUUACAUAUAAAUCCAUUUUAAAAUGAGGUAAAUUAAGUAGCAGCAAAAUAGCUUAAAGGCUAGCACAGUGUAGUUUUUGACUUCCCGUACCACGUUCUUUAAAGCCCGCUUACGGCCUAUUCCUAUUGGUCUAGACUCGCUGGAGUCAUUUUACAUCACAGUUGUUGAAGCCGUUGACUGGCUGAGCUAUCUUGUCAGUCAUCUUUUUCCCACUUGUUGCUAGGGAGAUUGUUUGACACCAGCUAGGGAGAAAGUAAAUAUCAGCAGAGGCACCUGCCACGUUAUGGCGAAAGAGAAAUUGGACUAAAGCAGCGAAACGUUUUUUAACAGUUACUUUAUGUUGCGUACGAAGGCGGUUAUAGGCCUGUCUUAGUGGUGGCCCGGCCUUGAAUCAGUUGGUAGCCACCGGCUGGAAGGACAAAGAUAGGCGCAGCUGUGCUGGAGGAGGGAGGGACCCUGCCGGCCACCCAGCCUUGCCGUUGGUGGGCGUCAGAGCCAGUCGAGCGAGCUUUCUGGACUCCCUUAUUCACCUUCAGCAGCAGCCAGCAGAAGUAGUUGUCCUAUCAAGGGUGGGGUGAUGCCUGAAGCUCUGUGUUCAUCUUAUCUGCUCUGCUGAAUGUCUUAAAAUGAAGAGGGACAGCGUGGUGCGACCCGACAUCAGUCCUCCUGUUCUGUUAGGAUGAAGUGGUUAGCACGUCCUGCUUUCUUUCUUCUCCUAUAAUCUGUUUUAAUGCAAAUUUGUAGGAAUGGGGAGGUGAUAACUCUUUGAGGAACCUAUUUUGAGAAGUUGAAACCUCAUCUUGGAUCCUGAACCCUUUUAAAUUAACUUUCAAAGACGCUUCGCCCUUUUCAACCACUUUUAUGUUUUUGUAUCUGUUUUCAUCCUUUAGUUUUAGCAGAGAGUUCUUGAUUACAAGUAGUUGGCCCCAUUUUUGUUUUACUUUUUUACUUUCAUUUUUUUGUUCCUUUGUAAAGAAAUGCUUUACCUGAAAAAGUACUUCACAGAGGGCCUGAUUCAGUUCACCAUCCUUUUGAGUCUCAUUGGGGUGCGGGUGGACGUUGACACGUAUCUAAGCAAUCAGUUGCCCCCGUUAAGAGAGAUCAUCCUGGGGCCCAGCUCAGCCUACACCCAGACCCAGUUCCACAACCUGCGCAACACACUGGACGGCUAUGGGAUCCAUCCAAAGAGUGUGGACCUGGACCAAUUCUUCACGACCCGGCGGCUGCUGAACGAGGUGCGCCAGCUGGAUCGCCUCUCUGUGCCCAGUACCGAGCUCAACACCUGGCUAGUGCAUCGUGACUCUGAGACAGUGGUGUCUGCAGGCAGUCAGUCCGGCCCCAGCAUAACCCUGGACAAUGGGGCCGGCCUAGAGGACAUUAACAACAUUGACGCUACCCCGGCCAUGAGGGGAGGAGGCGGAGCGCCUGAAUCCACGUACGACCUGAACGCAGCGGACAGCAGCCUGGGAGCCGUGGCCCCAGAGGGAAACCAGGAACAGAGCAGCAGAGGCGGCAAUGAAGACCUGACCAAAGAGGACAUUGACUUGAUUGACAUCCUAUGGCGACAAGACAUCGACCUUGGUGCAGGAAGAGAAGUGUUCAGCUACAGCAACCGUCAGAAGGACACGGAGGAGGAGAAGCCAGACCCAAACCCACAGGACAGCAAAGAUGUCAAUGAGGAACAAGAGAGCUGGAGAAAUGGGAUAAACUUACAGGGGUCUCAGCCGGUGGAUGGAGAGACUGGGGAGAGCAUUCCUGAGCAGCUGCCAGUUCUUGGCUCACAGACUUCACUGUCACUACAGGAGUGCUUGAGACUGCUGGAGGCCACAUUCCCUUUUGGAGAAGAAGCUGAGUUUCCAGUCCCAGUUGGUAACCAGGAAGUAUCAAUUUCCAAUGAAGAAGUUCCCUCCACCUCACAGGGCCUCCCUCUGGCUCCGCAGUUGCCCACAGCAGAGCCGCAGAUAGACCUGGAGCAGCAGUGGCAGGACAUCAUGUCCAUCAUGGAGCUACAGGCAAUGGAAGUGAACACUUCGCUCCAAACUGUCUCCAACGGUGGAAGUGCCAGAAACGAGACGGCAGAGUCAAACUCUGCUGGAAACUUUGAACUCUCUGACCGUCCCACACCGAUAAACCAGGAUGUCAGCCUUCACCAGGCCUCCCUGCCCAGCUGCAGCCAAGAUUUCCCCCAGAUUUUCAGCCCCGAGCUGGGCUCCGUUACCAUCAACCCUAGGACCAGUAUGGUCAGGCUGUCCUCCAGCAACUCCACCAACAUCAACUCCACAUUCGGAGCAACUAACCUGACGGGGGUCUUCCUCCCGCCCAUUAACAGUUCCAGUAACAACAUUACAUCUACACCCAACCUACCUGAUCCCUUCACCACCCUGCUGGAGGAGUCCAUGCUCGAUGAAAUCAGCCUGCUGGACCUCGCCAUGGAGGAGGGCUUCAGCCAGGCCCAGGCUUCCCAGUUGGAGGACGAGCUCGACUCAGAUUCCGGACUCUCCCUGGACUCCAGCCACAGCCCAGCCUCACCAAGCAGCUCUGAGACGUCCUGCUCGUCUGCAGCCUCUUCCUCCUCGACCUCUGCCAACUUCUCGGAGGAGGGAGCUGUGGGGUACAGCACCGACUCUGAGGUGGCUGCUGUGGAGACGGAGGAGGGUGCAGUUGGGGGUUACCAGCCUGAGUACAGCAAGCUCUGCCGCAUGAGCUUCCAGGACCUCUCUCAGUUCCAUGGCCUCCCUCAGCUUGACAGUAUAUGCCACAAUCAUACCUACAACGUGCCACUCUCCUCCACCCUCUCAGAGCAACCAGAUCUUCCCCUUUCAGGUGGAAAGAAGACCGCUCGCGACAAAAAGCUCCAGCCUUCUCAGGACCUGCUAGACAAGCACUCGAGUCGUGACGAGCGCCGAGCUCGGGCCAUGAAGAUCCCCUUCUCCAAUGAAAAGAUCAUCAACCUCCCCGUUGAAGAGUUCAAUGAACUGCUGGCCAAGCACCACCUGAGCGAAGCCCAGCUCGCCCUUAUCCGCGACAUCCGCAGGCGUGGCAAGAACAAGAUGGCCGCCCAAAAUUGCCGCAAGCGCAAGCUAGAGACCAUCAUCAACCUGGAGCAGGGCGUACAAGACCUGAGACGCAACAAGGCCCGCCUUCUGAAGGAGAAGAUGGAGUUCAUCCGCUCCAUCCGGCAGCUGAAGCAGAAGAUGCAAAGCCUGUGCCAAGAGGUUUUUAGUCAGCUUCGGGACGAGGAGGGCCGGCCCUAUCCGCCCAACGAGUACUGCCUGCAGUAUGGGUCGGACGGCAGCGUGCUGAUCAUGCCCCGCGGCGGGAUGACAGCACAGCAAAGCCGAAAACCUGAGAAAAAACAGAAAGACAAAAAGAAAAACAACUCUGAAGCAGAAUAGCUCUUGGUUCGAGUACCGUCGUUUCAUUAUUUAGACGGGAAAAGGAGGGAUUUAAAGGACAAAAACUGAGCUACUAGAAAAAGAAAUCGCUGCUCUCGUUCCUUUUGCACCAAACCACUAAGGAUGGAGGCUUGUAGGGUGAAAGAAUGGACUGAUGUCGGGGAGCUAAACAAACACUGGCAACAUGCAUGGUUAGAAAACCUUUGCAUUGAAAGGUUCAAAUGACUAUCAGAUCACAUCCCACCCCGGGAGACUUUUAGGAACUGCUCUUAGGUUGUAUAUCUUAAGGCAAAGAUCAACACCUAAAGUUGUGAGAGAGAAGAAACCAAAGGCUAAAGGAAGUACAUUGUUUAAGAAUUAACACUCAUACUAACCAAAGGUUGUUGGGCGCACCUGAUCUGUACAAGUCCAAAAUGCUCAAACGCUGCACUCUUACUCUGUAGGUUUGUACUGCGAAGUCUAGUUUUUCAGACUUGGCGGCAUUUUAUUGUAGAAGGCCCUAAAACGCCAGGUUUGAUGUGUGGAAGUCGGAUGAUUGGAUUAGAAGUCAGAGGCUGAGUGUUAGUGGGCUGGCCACGAAGUUCUGCAGGAGGAGUCGAGAGAUAUUUCUGGGAUGAGAUGGACUGCGUUGCAAAAUGUAUCGAGUUCCUUAUAAAUUAUACAUAGCACUGUAAUUUGUCUUUUAAAAGGCUUGCCAUUUCUGUCGCUGUUCCCUUGCUUCAGGUUUAAAUACAGGGGCUGCAUUUAGGAAGGCUCUUAUUAACUGUUUAUAAUGUGUAGUAUAAGCAGGAUUAUAGGUCUAGCCUUUUUUUUUCCACCACCAUCUGUGUUGAUAAAACUUUUCACCAGAGGAUUUCAAUGGAGUUCCAGAGAGUACUGUACCAUCUCAUCCAAGUCCAGCUGUCACAAAUCACAUUAAUUUAUCUAGAUGCAGACAUUAAAGUAUCAUAGAAAAGGACAUUUACUUCAGUAAUUAAAUUUCAAUCACAAAUUAUGUAGAUUCAUCACAGAGUGAGAUAUUUCAUUUUUUUUAUUUCAAUUCUGCUGAUUACAACGUUCAACUAAUGGAAACACAGUAAUUCAGUCUGUUAGAUCAUUUAAUUAGAAGAACAAUUAAAAAAAAUAAAUACAGAAAUGUUUUGUUGUGGCCAUUUUAUGGCCUACACAGCUAUUGGUUAGACUGCGCUGAUACCCUCCACAAGGAUGGGUAAGCAAAGGUGCUGUAUGCACCUAUGUUAAUGGAGAGUUUAGUGGAAGGAAAAUCUCCAGUAGAAAAAGAACACAAGAUACAAGGAUAACCGCAGAGGAUUAUGAAGCAAACCCCCAUCAAGCGUUUGAAGAUUCAUAAGGUAUGGACAGCGGCUGAGGUGUUUUCAUUGGGCUAAGGAGAAAAAGGACUGGUUCAAAGUCUUCAGAUGAAAUUAAAAUUGACUCAACUAAUUUGGAGAAACAACUUGGUUUAUGCCACAAUCAUCUCAAUUUACAGAACACCUGAAACAUAUCACUCCGUUUGAAUUGAAUCUAUGAACAAGUUUAACAUUUGAAGUUAAAUUACUGAAAUGAACUUUUUGAUUGUAUUGUAAUUUAUUGAAUGUUCAUUGUUAGGUUUUGUUCUCCCUGAGUGCCCCAUUUUAAGCAUUAAAACAAAGCAGGCUCAGAUUACACUGUUGUGUACGCUGUACCCCUUUAAACUAAUUUAUUUGCAGAUUAUAUGCAGCCAAAAUGCACUAGAAGUACUUAUUUAGGCCGCUGUGAAACAGAGUAGUUGGCUGCAAUUCUACAAAUCCUGUGUUUGGGUGUUUUUGAAAAGGUUGAGCCACGUAGUUAUGGGAAGAAAAGGUGAAACAAAUGUGAGUAAUGGCUGUGAGUGUUGAGGCCACUUAAAUUGUAAUGCCUUUAUUUAAAACGCUCAUCUUUACUUUAAAGGAUUUUGAGAAUAUAGUGGAAAUGUUCUCAAAAUAGAAGUGCUAUUACUCGUCUGUUUGAAUGAAGUCUGUUGGUGUGCGUGUUGUGAAAAUAAAAAAUAAAAAAAUGGGUCUGUUGCUGCAGCUGUGAUAGGAGUUAGGUGAAAAUAUUUACAAGAGGCUGUGCAGCACUCGCAACAUUAAGAUGAUGUCCGAAUAAAAAAUGGUUCAAAAGAAGAAAUGUCUUCAUUAAAUGUGAUAUUAAGGCAUGAAUCUCUGGUUAACAUUCACUCUAAUGUAACCCAGUGCAACACCAACUAUGAAGUACUGCUAUUACUUAAUGCACCUUUUUGUCUUUCUUGUUCUGUAAAUAUUUUCCUGUUUUCUGUAGUUUGUCCAAUGUCUCCAUAACAGUCGCACUCUCUGCUUUAAGUUCGGAUCGUAGUUCCCAGUUUUCGGAUGUCUGCUGGCAAUCAAGAAUUGUUUUUAAUGAUUAAUAAAGUGUUUUUAUUUUCA